CUGUUGUCAUAAUAUUGCGUCAACUUCUGGCGCCUUAAAGAAACCCUAAGUUCCCAGCAAGCUGUGCGUUUCCUCUCCUCCGGCGGGUAUCUUCAGUGGAAGUGCCAGUGGUUGCGCAUUUUUUUCUUCUCUGCUCCCGCUGCCGGCAGUAUGGCGGCUGUUCUGCUGCAAGUGUUGGAACGGGCUGAGCUGGCCAAGCUGCCGAAGGCUGCGCAAACUAAGCUGGAACGCUAUUUUUCCGAGCAGCAGGCCGAAAUGGAAUCCAUGAAAGCCCGACACGAGAAGUUCCGUGUGGAUUGUGAUCAACAAUACUUUGAAAUUGAGAAGAGGCUGGCUCAAUGUCAGGAGCGUCUUGUAGCUGAAUCUCAGGAGUGUCAGAAUCUGAAUGACCAACUUAGUAAAAAAAGUGAGGAACAAAAAGAGUUUUCUGAAAAAAUUAAAGACCUGGAAGCUUCAAAUGAUCGUUUUGUGGCACUACAGAGCCAGGUAACACGUGCCAAAGACUCUGCUGAAGCUGAAAAGAGAGAUUUGGUUCGAACAAAUGAAAGAAGAUCGCAAGAGCUAGAGCAUCUAAAUGAUGACAUCAUACGUCUUAAUGAAAAACUUAAAGAAGCCAAUGCUGCAAAGAUGGAACUCCAGAUGAAGCUGGAUGAAAUCCAAUCCUCUGAAGUUUCUAUAAAGUUUCGAGAGAAACGUCUGGAGCAAGAGAAGGAACUUUUGCAGAGUCAGAACACGUGGUUAAAUGGUGAACUGAAAUCUAAAACUGAAGAACUAUUGGCGGUUCAGAAAGCAAAGGGGAAUGAGAUCCUGGAACUAAAAGGGACCCUGGAAAAUAAACAGGAUGAGCUUGCAAGGUUAGAGAACCAAGUUAAAAGCUUGAAGUCAUGCAAUGAAAAUCUACAGAAACAAGCUGAGGAAAUGAUGAAUAAAUUGAAGGAGACCAAAGAGCAGCAAGCAAGUUCUGAAGAGAAAUUUCACAAUGAACUGAAUGCAAAUGUUAAACUUUGCAAUCUCUAUAAGAGUGCUUCGGAAGAUUCAGAGGCCAAGAGUACAGAGCUUUCAAGGGCAGUGGAGGAGCUCCAUAAGCUUCUCACAGAAGCUGGCAACUCUAAUAAAUACAUCCAGGAACAACGUUCACAGUUGGAAGCGGCAAAAACUCAAGUGGAAAAAGAUAUGGGAGAAAAGAUCAGUAACUUGGAGCGGGAACUGGAAAAUGCCAAUGACCUUCUUUGUUCCACCAAACGAAAAGGAGUAAUGCUCUCAGAGGAGGAGCUAACAGCAAUGUCUCCAACUGCCGCUGCUGUUGCAAAGGUUGUAAAACCUGGAAUGAAACUGACAGAGCUCUACAAUGCUUAUGUAGAAACGCAGGAUAAGCUGUUAAUGGAGAAACAGGAAAACAAAAGGAUUACUAAGUACUUGGAUGAAAUUGUGAAAGAAGUAGAGGCAAAAGCACCAAUUCUUAAACGUCAGAGAGAAGAAUAUGAACGCAUGCAGAAAACUGUAGCAAGUUUGUCUGCCAAACUUGAACAGGCAAUGAGGGAAAUUCAACGAAUGCAAGAUGAAACCGACAAAGCCAACAAAUGUUCUUCUGUGCUUGAAAGAGAGAAUCAAAGAUUGGAGUUACAAAUAAAAGAUCUUUCUCAGCAGAUCAGAGUUCUGUUAAUGGAGCUGGAAGAAGCCAGAGGAAACUUUGUUCAGCGAGAUGAUGUGAGCUCUGCCAAUAUUAGCAGUUCGUCUGAGGUGAUAACACAACACCUGGUCACUUAUAGAAAUAUUGAAGAGUUGCAGCAACAGAAUCAAAGACUUUUGGUCGCUCUUCGAGAGCUUGGUGAAGCCAAGGAGAGGGAAGAACAGGAGAGCACAUCUUCAAGGGUCUCUGAAUUGGAGAAAGAGCUAGAGAAUGCCCUGUCAGAGUUGCAACAACUGCGUGAAGCACGCAGCCAUCAGAUGACUCUGGUAGAGUCUAUUGUACGUCAGCGUGAUAUGUAUCGUAUACUCCUGUCUCAAACAACUGGGGUUGUGUUGCCUGCUCAAGAUGAGACUGCUUUGACAUCCACCCCAAGAAAGUCACCUGGAGUAUCUCUGGAUGGAUCAACAUCCACUCCUGCUGCUGUUGUUGUCUCUGACUCUACAGAGGCUGCUGAAGCUAGAGCUGCACUAAAACAGCUUCAGGAGGUGUUUGAAAAUUACAGAAAGGAGAAGGCAGAAAAUGACAGAAUGCUGAACGAACAGCAUGACAAGCUACAGGAGCAAGUCACAGAGCUGCGAUCACAAAAUACAAAAAUUUCUACCCAGCUAGAAUUUGCUUCCAAACGAUAUGAAAUGUUGCAGGAUAAUGUUGAAGGUUACCGCCGUGAAAUCACAGCGUUACAGGAAAAAACGCAAAAGCUUUCGGCAACAACUCAAAAGCAGGAGCAGAUCAUUAAUACACUAACCCACGAUUUAAGGGCAGCCAAUGAAAAGCUGGCUGUAGCAGAGGUAAGAGCAGAAAACCUGAAGAGAGAGAAGGAGCUUUUGAAGAUGUCUGAAGUCCGUCUCACCCAAGAACGGGAGUCUUUGGUUGCUGAGCAAAGGGGACAGAACUUACUACUGACUAAUUUACAAACCAUCCAGGUCACAUUAGAAAGAUCUGAAACCGAGAUCAAACAAAGGUACAACAAUCAAAUUGAAAAGUUAGAGCAAGAGUUGGCCCAGACAAAGAAGAAAUUAGAGCAUGAAAUUGAGCAAAGACAUUUGUUGGGCAAAAACCAAGAUGUACAAGUUCUGGAACUCAAGAAGCAAUAUGAAAUGGAGUUAAACCUUCACAAUAACACUAAAGAACUGCUGAAGAAUUCACAUAAGGAAAUCUCUGUCCUUAAGCAGCAACUAAAUAGCUUUGAACUGCAACUUGCAUCUCGUUCAAGCCAGCAGGCUGCUAACCGUGAUAAGGAUGUUAAUAUUGAAGAUGUGGAAGAGAUUAAAACUAAGCUGAGACAAUCUGAAGAGCUGGUUAACGACCUAAAAGAGAGACUAAAAACUGCUACUAGCAAUGUAGAACAGUACAGAUCUGUUGUGCUAAAUCUAGAAGAAUCCCUUAACAAAGAAAAACAGGUGACUGAAGAGGUCCGAAAAACCAUAGAAGUGCGCUUAAAAGAGUCUUCAGAGUACCAGUCACAGUUGGAAAAGAAAAUGAUGGAAUCUGAAAAGGAGAAACAAGAACUCCGGGAUGAGAAGCACAAAACUGUUGAGCAGAUGGAACAGCAGGUAACUCAGCUUAGGCAGAGUCUUUCCAGCCUUCAAGCAGAAGUUCAGCAAGCUCUUCAAAGAGCUACAACAUCUGCCAGUAACGAGCAGAAAGCUAAACAGGACUGUCAAGAACAAGCUAGGAUAGCUGCAGAGGCACAAAAUAAAUAUGAGCGGGAGUUGAUGCUACAUGCAGCAGAUGUUGAGGCCCUUCAGGCUGCUAAGGAACAACUUACCAGUGCUUCUGCCAUACGCCAUAAGUGUGAGGAGACCGCACAGAAAGCAGGAUCUCAGUUACUGGAAUCCAGGGCUUCCUGGGAAGAACGAGAGCGAAUGCUUAAGGAGGAAGUGUCCCAGAUUCAGUCACGUUGCAAAGAUCUAGAAAAACAAAACGGACUGCUUCAUGAGCAGAUUGAAAGCCUCAGUAAAAAGAUGGUGACCUCUGUUCAAGAAGGAGCGCUGAAUAUGUCCUUCGGUGAGGAGGGAAAGUCCCAGGAGCAAGUAAUGGAAAUUCUCAGAUUUGUUCGUCGGGAAAAGGAGAUAGCUGAAGCAAGAUUUGAAGUUGCACAGGUGGAAUGCUUGCGCUACAGGCAGCGGAUAGAGCACAUGGAACGGGAACUGCAUGAGCUACAGGACAGUUUGAACGCUGAGCGUGAGAAAGUUCAGGUAACUGCCAAGACCAUGGCUCAGCACGAAGAACUUAUGAAAAAAACCGAAACUAUGAAUGUUCUAAUAGAAAGUAACAAGAUUUUGAGGGAAGAGAAUGAGAAGCAAGAACAGGAACUGCAGCAACUUCAAGCAAAGAUACGUAAACUUGAAUCCAACAUUUUACCAUUGCAAGAAUCAAAUGCAGAACUGAGUGAGAAGAGUGGAAUGCUGCAGGCAGAAAAGAAAUUAUUGGAGGAGGAUGUCAGGCGUUGGAGGGCUCGAACACAGCAUUUAUUGAGUCAGCAAAAGGACACAGAUGCAGAAGAGUAUAAGAAACUGCUUUCAGAGAGGGAGGUUAACACUAAACGUAUCCAGCAGUUGACUGAAGAAACCGGAAAGCUAAAAACUGAAGUUGCAAGGACAAAUGCAUCUUUGAACACAUGUCAGAGCCAGUUGCAGAGUGUCAAGGAUGAUCUAACAAAAAUAAAGGCAGAGAAAGAGAAACUUCAGAAAGAGCUUGACGCCAAGAUCCUGGACAUACAAGAGAAAAUCAAAACCAUAACACAAGUUAAAAAAAUUGGAAGGAGGUACAAAACUCAAUACGAGGAGUUAAAAGUGACUCAUGACAAGAUGGUGGCAGAGGCGUCUUCAGCCAAGGCAGAUCAAUUGCAGGAACAGGCUUCCCAGAAAGAAGUGCAGGAGCUAAAAGACAGUCUUCAAAGAUCUGAGGCCAAAGUUACAACCAUGCAAACAACUGUGGAUAACAUGCAAAAGACUUUAGAUGAUAAAGAUAAUGAAAUAAAAGAGCAUCAGGAGCAAAUCUCGCGCAUGCAGGCAGAGUUGUCCCAUCUUCAUAAAGACCUCCAGGAUAAGACUGCUCAAGAAGAACAGAUGCGUCAGCAGAUUAACGAGAAAGAGGAGAAGACAAAGAAAACACUAUUGGUAGUGAGGCAGAAACUAGCACAGAAUAAUGGUGCUAAGGAGCAACUAACAAGAGAAAAUGAAGAUCUUAAACAGAAAAAUGCCAAUCUGGAGCAGCAGAAGGAAGAGUUGGAAGUACGAAUGAGUGCUCUGCGGUCUCAAUAUGAUGGGCGUAUUUCUCGUCUAGAGAGGGAGUUAAGAGAGCAACAAGAGAGGCACCAUGAACAACGUGAUGAGCCUCAAGAAACUACCAGGAUUCCACAGCAGAGGCAAAUUACCCUUCAACCUACUACUGCAGCUGGAGAAAGGGGAAGUGCGAACACUUCUGAACCUCCAACUGCAAACAUCAAGCCAACUCCAAGUAAAGUGACUACGGCUGCUGUACCAGUAAACAAAUCCACACCUAGAGCCAGCAUUCGUCCUAUGGUUACUCCUGCAGCUGUUUCUACACCAACCAGUACCCCAACAGCAACUGUAAUGCCUACAACCCAAGUUGAUCCACAAGAAGUUCAAUCUGAAGGACAAAUGGAGCACGUUCCAGUUUUUGGGAGUGCUAGUGGAUCUGUCCGUUCUACCAGUCCUAAUGUGCAGUCAUCCCUGCCUCAGCCAAUCUUAACCUUACAGCAGCAAACACAAACUACUGCCUUUGUACAACCAACACAACAAUCCCAUGCCACUAUUGAGUCCCCCACACAAGAGACCCCAGUGGAAAUCGUCCAGAGCUCUCCAGUUGAGAGACCAACUACCUCAUCGACAUUUGGCACUUAUUCUGCAACACCAAGCUCUUCAAUUCCAAAGAGACCUCGAGAAGAGGAAGAAGAUAGCACUAUAGAAACUCCAGAGCAAAUUGCAGAUGAUACUGACCAACAGCGAACUAAAAAACGGAAGGAGGAAGAUAUAGAAGAAAAAACCGAAACAGAAGCUGUUAUCAACACGGAGGAUGCCCUCCACAUUCUAACACAGUGUAGCAAUAUGGAAUUUCCUCUGGAGGAAGAAAUUGUGGAAAGUCCCAUCCAAACAAGUCAAGUUAUUGAAAGUCAAGCCCCUGAGCAAUUGCAAAACGUUCAGUCCACUCAAGACUCCCUACAAGACACCCCACCGAAAAAAACUCACAAUCUGGUUAUUGUAAUAAGCGAUGAGGAAAAUGAAGAUGAACAAGAGGGUUAUGAAGAAGAGGAGCAAGAAGAUGAAGAGGAAGAUGAGGAUGACGCUGGCAUAGGGGAAGGGGAUGAUAGCAACGAAGAGACAGGCAGUGCAGAUGGCAAUGAAGAUUAUGAAGGAGAUGAUGCUGAAGAAGCUGAUGGUACAGAUCCUGAUACUGAGACAGAGGAUAGCAUGACUGCGGGAGAAGGCAACCAGAGGGCAGCAGAUUCACAGAAUAUUGGGGAUUCUGGUGUAGUUACCGCAGAAUCCACAUUCUCUCAAGAAACAAGAGAACAACCUUCAUCGGCUUCAGACAGGCAAGGCCCCCGGCCUCCACAGUCCCCUCGAAGGCAAGCCCACCCUCCCCGACUGACAAUCCUUGCUCCACCACAGGAGCUGGGACCACCACCAGCACAGAGGAUUCCAGUGGCGCGCAGACAAUCCGUGGGACGUGGCCUUCAACUCACACCUGGUGUAGGGGGCAUGCAACACUUUUUUGAUGAAGAAGACAGGACAGUGCCUAGCACACCCACACUUGUGGUACCACAUCGGACAGAUGGCUUUGCAGAAGCUAUUCAUUCCCCACAGGUAGCAGGUGUCCCCCGUUUCAGAUUUGGUCCACCAGAAGAUAUGCCACAAGCUAGCUCUAGCCAUUCGGACCUUGGCCAACUUGCCUCUCAAGGAGGUUUAGGAAUGUAUGACACCCCCCUUUUCCUUGCGCAUGAAGAAGAGUCAGGUGGUCGCAGUGUUCCAACAACACCACUGCAGGUUGCUGCACCUGUCUCCGUCUUUGCUGAGAAUCCAGCUGCUGAUACUUCCGAUCACGCCUCACAGUCUGUUCCAAUGGUGACAACAUCCACUGGGAAUGUUCCUACAUCUGUGGACUCUGGAGCUGCUGAUGAAGGGGAUGAAGUAUUUGUGGAGGCAGAAUCUGAAGGAAUUGGUGCAGAAUCCACUCUUGAGAUGGACACUCAACAGGAAGAACCCGUUCAGCCUUCUGAGGCAGAUCUUCCUUCCACAAGUCAAGAUCCACCUUCAAGUUCUAUUGCUGACACAAGCAGCAGCAAACCAAAGCCCCGAAGAGUGUGGCUUCAACCACAGCCCGGAGGCCGUCCUUUUAAAAGAUCAAGAGGUGGCUCUGAUUUUAGGGGAAGAGGCGGAAUAAACCGAAGUAACAUUUAAGAGAGCCGCAUGUUUUCUGCAUUUAUGAAUAAAUAGGCUGUUCUGUUGUGUUUUUAGAAUGAUCGUAAAGUUUAAGCAUUUUUUCUAUGAGCGAAAAUUAAAAUUCUUUAUUAUUAAA